AUGGCUCCUUACCUCGAAACAGUCAAGUCGUUUGCAGAUGUUACUGUCUCCGAUGAUGGCGUCGAUACCCUCCAGUUCAUAGAAGCUGCGAAUGGAGUCGUGGGUCUCUUUGACCUGUUGGGAUCGGCCGCAUUCACUACUGUCCAGAAUGACCUGAAAGGGAACAUCGUGAAAGUUCGGGCUCGCUACGAUGCCACCCCCGAUUUGUCUGGCACACUGGAGCAAUUGGUAGAAAACGAGAAAGGGGAAAAGAAGCGAACAGCGACCGAAGGACUCAUGUGGCUGCUUCGUGGUCUCUCCUUCACCUGCAAAGCUCUGCAGUACGCCCAGAAAGAACGGUCACAAGAGCUCUCUGCCGCAUUCAGCCAGGCUUACGACGCGACUCUGAAGAAGUUCCACAACUUCAUGGUCAAAGGUCUCUUUGCGGUUGCAAUGAAAGCGUGCCCAUACCGCGCGGACUUUUACGCGAAGUUAGCAACCGACCCUAACGGGGGGCCUGCUGUCCUCGCGGAGCGCCUGGAUGAGUCGUUGGACGACUGGCUUGCGGCACUUGAUUCUAUUGUUACCAGAUUGGAGACAUUUUACGAGAGGGGUGGGCACAACAAGGGGUUCUAG